AUGCUCUCAUGGCAGCCAGGACGCACACCCUUCUCCACCUUCACUGGCGUCGCCUUCACCAUGGCCAUGUAUCUCACAGUGGUUUUGGGCGGUCGUGAGCUCAUGCGCAAGUAUCGUAUCGCGCCCAUGGAGCUUCGAAAGCCAUUCGUCCUGCAUAACGUCGCCCUCAGCUUGGGUAGCGCGCUGCUCCUCGCUUGCAUGCUCGAGGAGAUCCUUCCCAUCUGGUACCACCAUGGCUUCUUUGCGGCCAUCUGCGCCGAGUCUAGCUGGACGCCCCGCAUGGAGACCCUGUACAUCUUCAACUACAUGUUCAAGUUCUGGGAGCUGGCCGACACCGGGUUCCUCGUCCUCAAGAAGAAGCCUUUGGCUUUCCUGCACGUCUACCACCACUCGGCCACCGCCCUGCUCUGCUUCUCGCAGCUCAUCGGCCGCACCUCCGUCAGCUGGGUCGUCAUCUGCCUCAACCUCUUCGUCCACGUCGUCAUGUACGCCUACUACGCCCUGUCGAGCCUCAAGAUCCGCUGCCCUUGGAAGCGCGCAGUCACUACCCUCCAGAUCCUCCAGUUCAUCCUCGACCUGGCCGUGGUCUAUUUCGCGUCGUAUUGCCACACUGUAGCUGCGUACUCGCUGCCUCUGCCGGUUAUGGGAUCGUGCGCUGCGGGCAAGGAGCACGCCGUCGCUUCGGGCUGCACGAUCUUGUCUUCGUACCUGGUCCUCUUCGUAAUCUUCUACCGCAAGACGUACAACCGCAAGCCUAGCCGCGCCAAGGUCACCGUCAGCCCGGCCUCGGGGUCGCCGGCAGCUCGCUCGCCAGUCAGGGAAAAGGACCAGUCCGAGGUGCUCACCAGCUCCUACAAGAGGGUGACGAGGGCCGGGGGUCUGUCUGCGCCAUCUGACGCCGAGAAGCGACCCAACACUCCUCAGCUCGAGGAGGCUGGCAAGCGAUGA